CAAAUAUUUCAACAAACAGACUUAAAAAAGAUAAAAUGUAUAAACCAUUAAAAGGAUAUCCUUUUGUAUAUAGAAGAAAAGAAUUUAAUAUAUUGAAUCCACUUUGGAUGCCAGAAGAACAACUUGAUAACAUUAGGAAUAUAGAAUUGAUAAUUGGUGAAUAUAAAGAAUCGUUAUUUGACAAACUUAGUAUCACUCAAAAAAAUAUCGAUACUAUUCAAAGUACAUUAUCUGAAAUGAUGGGAUAUUAUGAAACUGAAAAAGAAAAAAGAAAUUUUUUAGAAUUAACAGUUGAAGUAUUAGUAAACGGAAAUAUUGAGGUUGAUGAUAUAGAAGAUGAAUCUAUUAGAAACAUUCUUUACAUUGAAGAUGAUGAAUUUAAAAGAAACGAACCUAAUAUAAGUUUUGGUCAUUUUGGAAUUUAUAAUAAUCAUUAUCUUUACUUAACUUCUAAUCGUCAACAAUUAGUUAAUAUUCCAAAUAAUUUUAAAUGUGAAUUUAUUGGAAAACGUAAUAAUGAAUAUAUUACAAAAAAAAUUAAAAAGAUGUGUUUUGACUUUAAAGAAUACUUUAAUGUAACUGAAAUUGGUACAUAUACUAUCUAUAAAGAUGAAAAACCUUUUCGUAAAAUAACUUCUUAUUAUAAAUUUGAUUUUCAAAUUAGUGAUGAAAGAGACUUACUUUCAUAA